AGACAAAACCCAGAUGAAAAAUCGAUGAUCUGAGCUUCUUAGAGAGAGAGAGAGAGAGAGAGAGAGAGCGGUUGCUGCUGCUAAGAAGUUUACUUUGAAGAACAGAAGCUUAAUCCGCCAAAAAAGAUCUCGAACUUGAGUUUUUUUAUAUGGAUUUUUGGUGUAAACUUCACUUUGCGUUAGGGACCCACCAUUGCUGAAAACUCCAAGCUUUUACCUGCUUUCUUUAUUUGAAUUAAAGAAAAAAAACCAGUUUACUUAGUUUUCAAGGAUUGUAGGGUCCUCUUAAACAAACAGAUCUCUGUUGUGUAUCUCUGUUGUGUGGACUUCAACAAACGAGAUUUUUAGUUUCUUUUCUUUUUUUCUUCUACUUUCUUUGUUUCAAGCUUGGGAAUAAAGAUUAAGCAAAGUUCUUAAUCACCCAACAAACCCAUGAUUAGUCUUUUAAAACCCCUUUUUAUAGUUUGGAUCUAUGUGUUAUUUGUUUAAUAGUUAUUAAACAAUCCUAAAAAACUCGCUUUUCUGUAUGCAGAUAUAAGUGAAGCGAUGACAUGUGGGUCAAGUGUUGGUGCUUUCUCCCUUUUGGGCAAAGCAGAAACAACAACUCUGUUUUUAACAUCUUAACUGUUAUCGCAUCAUUUAGGGUUUUGAAAAAUGAGAGAUUUUUCUUGAUUUGUGGGGUUUAUAGGGGGGAUUUUUGAUAAAAAUGGGGGCAAUUGGAGGGGAAGAGUUGUUGAAUUGGGAGAAAAUGGAUAAUGGAAGAGAGGAGAAGAUUCUUGUUUUGGUGAGAUUGAGGCCUUUGAAUGAAAAAGAAAUUUCAAGAAAUGAUGUUUCAGAUUGGGAGUGUAUCAAUGAUACAACGAUUCUUUUUAGGAAUAGUUUGCAGGAAAGAUCCAUGUUUCCUACUGCAUAUUCAUUUGACAGAGUAUUUAGUGGUGAUGCAACAACUAGGCAAGUCUAUGAUGAAGGAGCUAAAGGGAUUGCACUUUCGGUUGUUAGUGGCAUCAAUUCGAGUAUUUUUGCAUAUGGGCAAACGAGUAGUGGAAAGACAUAUACAAUGAUGGGGAUAACAGAGUACACUGUGGCAGAUAUAUACGACUAUAUGCAAAAACAUGAAGAAAGGGCGUUUGUUUUGAAAUUUUCGGCUAUAGAAAUCUAUAAUGAAGCUAUAAGAGACCUUUUAAGCACAGAAAAUAUUCCACUUAGGGUGUUAGAUGAUCCAGAGAAAGGGACAAUCAUAGAGAGACUCACAGAAGAAACACUAAGGGAUUGGAGUCAUCUCAAGCAACUAUUAUCUAUUUGUGAAGCUCAAAGAAAAGUGGGAGAGACAUCCCUCAAUGAAACAAGUUCAAGAUCUCAUCAAAUCCUUAGAUUGACGAUUGAGAGUUCAGCUCGUGAGUUCAUAGGGAAGGAUAAGUCAACAAAACUAACAGCCAGUGUGAACUUUGUUGAUCUUGCUGGAAGUGAAAGGGCAGCUCAGGCAUUAUCUGUUGGACAAAGGUUGAAAGAAGGUUGCCAUAUAAAUCGUAGCUUAUUGACACUAUCCACAGUCAUAAGGAAACUAAGUAAAGGAAAACACGGGCACGUGAAUUAUCGGAAGAAGUAAAGGAAAACACGGGCACGUGAAUUAUCGGGAUUCAAAGCUGACACGGAUACUGCAACCGUGUUUGGGUGGAAAUGCAAGAACUGCAAUUAUUUGCACUUUAAGCCCUGCUCGUGAGAAUGUUGAGCAAUCUAAAAGCACUCUUUUAUUUGCAAGUUGUGCAAAAGAAGUCACUACAAAUGCACAAGUCAAUGUUGUAAUGUCUGAUAAGGCUUUGGUCAAACAUUUACAAAAAGAAUUAGCUCGAUUGGAAAACGAGCUAAGAACACCCGCACCUCCGGAUUAUACAUCACUCUUAAGAAAGAAAGAUCAACAAAUCGAAAAGCUGGAGAAAGAAGUGAGGGAUCUUAUCAAGCAAAGAGAUCUUGCUCAAUCACGGAUUGAGGAGUUGCUGCUAGCUGUUCGAAAUGAUCAAACCUCAACACCAUGGAAUGGAAACACAUAUGAAAACGAAUAUUCGGCGUCGGAAUCAUCAAGUGUUAAGUUAUCCCGUUCAAUUCCGCCGGAAGGAAACCGGAAUUCACCAUCGCCAUCGAACGACGUGUGCAAGGAGGUCCGAUGUGUGGAAACAGACGAAUCCACCCAACAAUCAAAUACCUUCGGAAUCACAAUCACCUCUCGUUUCCAAUGAAGAAACGGAAUCGGAAUCAGUCUCGGGUCCCACCACAAGACCCCAAUUCCGAAACCGCAUCAACAUCGGGGCAUUGGAGCAAAACUUUCAAGAUCUACAAAACACGAUUAAUUCUCUAGUCACACCACCGGAAGAACCCUACGAAGAACAAGAAGUACAAUCACAAAUAUCAAAUUCCACGAGUUUUAGGUUAAUGAAAAGCCGGAGUUGUAGAGCUAAUCUUAUGACGAGUUCUUCACCACCUGAAUUCGAGAACACCCCGCCUAAUGAUUUUGAAAAAGGGUUUCCAGGAAGACCGGAGAGGAAGCUGUGGGAACUGCCGCCACCGGAGUAUGGUGGUGCCGCUAGUGGAGGGUUGUUGAGAAGUGACUCACAGUCGUCUCUUGGAAGUACUUUAUUGGAUGAGGCAAUUGCUCGGAAGGGGAAAACAUCUGGAGAAGAAGAUAUUCCUAGUGUAGAUACAUUUGUUGCAGGAUUGAAGAAAAUGGCAAAACUUCAGUAUGACCAGGUUAAUAAUGAGGGAGGUGAUGGUUUGGGGAAGAACAUGAAAAGCAUAGGAUUGGAUUCAAUUACUGAGGUGAUCCCAUGGAUUCUAUUUACAUGGAGGUUGAGGUUAGAAGGCUUUCAUUUCUCAAGGAAACUUUUUCAAAGGGAAAUCCAGCCAUUCAAGAUGGGACACACUCUAACAUCUGCAUCAAGCAUCAAAGCUCUAAGAAGAGAGAGAUCAAUGUUAAGCAGGCUUAUGAACAAACGGUUUUCUGAAGAAGAAAAGAGGAAACUUUAUGAAAAAUGGGGUGUGAAUCCAAACUCAAAAAGGAGGAGGCUGCAGUUGAUCCACACCCUGUGGAGCAACACAGAGGAUCCAAACCAUGUACAAGAUAGUGCUUCAAUAGUUGCAAAGUUGAUCAGAUUGACAAAAAUGGUGCUUGUUUUAGUAAGUGAUAGAAUGGAAGUGGGUUUGAACGGUUGUUGA